UUCGUUGUCUCUGACUGCACACGUGCACAAUGACAAUAAAGUUGAAUCUAAUCGUAAAAGAAUCUAAUAUGGUGUCAAGUAGGCCUACACCCUGGAAAAAAUAACGUGGCACUAGGCUACUUUGUUUCGCAGAACUCGACAGAAGAAGUACAUCUCCAUGGAAUUACGCUAGGACAUUCGAAAAAUGUUCUUCUAAGGAAGGGUAAGAAUAUCACAAACAAAGGCAGGCUAUGAAGAGAGCAGCGGGCGAAGUAACAAGAUUAAGACGACAACAAAAAUAUAACUUAAAAAAGGGAUGUGCCCUGUUCACAAAAUAGGGUGUUGGUGGUCCUCUCGCCUGUUGUCCUUUUAAUAUCACGCUGGCCUCAAUAUUAUUCUUAGCCUAUGUGGAGAGCUAGCGGGCAGGGGUACUCAUAAGUCACAUGACACCAAGGCCCGGAAAUAAACUGCUGGUUGAACUUGACUGUGAUAAUAAUGGCCAUAACAUCAUAGAAAUAUGGGGGCGGAAACGAAAGAAGGAGCGGACAGCUCCCCACAGUCUAGCUGGCUAAAACGGGAAACAGACAGUUAGUCUGUGGCCACAUUAGACUGUUACAAUUAUACAUUUGUCGUUUUACCACGCGACGCUUUUUACAGCCGAUUUUGGACUCUCACAUGCCAAAUGGACAAAGACAAGCUUGCUGCAAGCCGCGGUCCAUGCUCUUGGUUGGAGAUGCACCAGUUCAUAGGGGACCUCAUGGCCUCCUCCACCACGGCUUCGACCACCUUAACAGGUCCGCAGCAAGGAAAAGACAACAACCAUCAACAAGAAGCACUGCGCUCUGCCUGGGAAACAGCAGGUCAUGAGGCCCUGGGACUAAAAGCUAUCCCAGCCUCCCAUGUCCAGUCUAGACACCCCCAUGAAAAAGGCACGGUAGUCUGUGGUCUGCAGCCACUCUCCUUACAAGUGGAGAGGAGUGGGCACGCUAGAGAAGAGGAGGCACAGCAGUUUCAACACACUGGAUGCAAUUGCCCAGGCUGCCCCUUCUCCUCCUCUUCCUCCUCCUCCUCUUCUUCCUCUCUCACUCUCCAGACUCUGAAGCCCUUCAGAGGUCACCUGUCUUCCACCUCACAGCCCCAGGUCGCACGCCAGCGGCAGGCUAAAGACCCUAGCUCCUCGUCGGUCAGUCUCGGCCUGUCUCUGGGCCUUGGCCUCUCGCUUGAUGAAGGCAGCGACUCACCCGGCGGUGCCAACCCCGAACAGAGCCAACCCCAGCAGCAAGAUAAAGGGACAAACACCCAGAGCUCGACGGGCCCUGCCACCACUACGUGCUGCCCUCACCCUCACCCUGCACAGUUAGCCACCUUCCCGUGCCUGUGCUGCCACCGCGGCUUCCAGACCUGUGCCCAGCUCCUGCACCACCAGCAGGGCACGGAUGCCCGCCUGACACAAGCCCACGCCCACGCUCACGCCCAUCACCACCACUACCACCACCACCACUGCCCGCUGGCGUCCUGCCUGCCCUGCCCGCAGCUGAGACCCCCGCCGCCCUCGCAGUCCCCCCCGCCGUUCCCCUGCCUCUCGUGCCAGCGCACGUUCCCCACCUGUGCCCAGCUGCUCCGCCACCAGCAGAGCCAUGCGCAGCAGGAGGGUCUGCAGCAGACGCAGACGUCACAGCAGCAGCAGCAGCAGCUGCAGCACCCGUGCAUGCACUGCAGCGCCUCGUUCGCCCGCCCCUCGCAGCUGCUGCAGCACCAGCGCGCCCAGCACGCCUCCAAGGCCGGCGGCUUCCUGUGCGUGGAGUGCGGCCGCGCCUUCAACUCGCACAGCAACCUGCGCAUCCACCUGAACGUGCACACGGGUGCGCGGCCCUACGCCUGCCCGGACUGCGGCAAGAGCUUCAGCCAGUCGGGGGCGCUCAAGAUCCACCGGCGCAUCCACACGGGCGAGAGGCCGUACGCGUGCGCCUACUGCGGGCGCGGCUUCCCGCACCUGGCCGGCGUGCGGGCGCACCAGCGCACGCACACGGGCGAGAAGCCCUACGUCUGCCCGCAGUGCGGCAAGCGCUUCACGCAGUCGGGCGCGCUCAAGAUCCACACGCGCAUCCACACGGGCGAGCGCCCGUUCGUCUGCGGCCUCUGCGGAAAGGGCUUCUCCAACCGCUCGGGCAUCCGCUUCCACCACCGCACCGUCCACGGCAUCGUGCCCGACCCUGGCGCCGAGUCCCGCCGGGGGCCCUCGUCAUCGUCCUCGGCUCCUGAGCGCCGCUGCCAGAGCCCCGCGAGCAGCCUGGGAUCCAACCCCGGCAGCAGCCCCUUCACGGAGCCUCACGACCUUAGCUCCAGCACCAGCCAGACCUCCAACACCACCACCGCCAUCUCCCCGGGCCUCUCCUCCCACGCCAGGCUCAGCAGCGGAGCGGCCGAGCCCGACAGCCAGUCCCACGCCCGAGAGAGCGCUGGGGGGAGGCCCAGCUCCUUUGGUCCUGGUGGCACUGGCAGCUCCAAGCCUGGUGGUGGUGGUCGCGUGGGAAAAGUGCUGGCGUACGCCUGUGAAGACUGUGGCCUUCGGUUCGCAGACGCCCCCUCCAGGAACAGGCACCAGUCCCUGGAGCACUAUAGUAGUGAGGGUGGGGGGGGUGGGGUGGAGAGUGCCAGCGGGGCAGAGUGA